GUUAAUAGGAGCCUUCGUCCUCAAGAACACAAAAGGUCCCCCUUGUCCAGUCUUUCCUCCUCUCCCGAAUCCCAUGUCCUCCCACCACCCACCCCACAUGUUGCCAGAGAGCUUCGUGCGGGGAAAGCAACCAAGAACAGUCGAGACGAAACAGCAUCCCAAAGUUGGUCACCAGACGAUUUCGCGCACAGCCGAUUGUUUCGUCUGUUGUCAACUUUGCUUGCUGCUCGCUCUGAUGUAGAGUUUUUUUUGUCUCAUGGGGAUGUUCAUGCUGUGGACCUCAACUUGAGAUGAAUGUAAAUUUGAUCUUAUCAAAGUAUGGGGAUGGUAAAAUAGGCGUUUUCUCGGCAUCGUGUCACUUUGGGCUCGCGUGCGGAGUUUCUCCUGCCCGCAACGACCCCCAAAAUGGAACGCUUCGAGUUCAAUCGCAUUCGCAAAAGAAGCUGUAUCACAACGUCACCCAGCUCAUUAUGUAGUCAAUCGUGUCAGUCCAUGACAGAGCCUCCUCACUUCCAGUGAACCAACCCCCUGCGAUAGCUU